GAAUUAUACGACGUUUUGUUGAUAGACGUUUCAUAUAACGACGUGCGACCAUUGAUGGCUCCGAUAGAAGAAUUUCUAUUAGACGAUGAAAUUCAACAAAUAAACAAAAUAAUAAAAGAUAAUGGAGCAGUAAUUAUUAACGUUCUUACACUUAAAAAGGACAUCAAGGAAGCUGAUCGCGUGCUUUUCGUCUACUCCCGCCGUUUCCCAUCAUGCUAUUUUAUGGAGUUCGCAAAAUUUAACAAGAUGUUGUUUUGCUCGAAGAAAGAAAAGAAUUCGUGGUUGGACAACAGGGAUGAGCUUUACGACAGAUACGUUAUGAUAGACGAAAAGCUUCAGUUCAAUCUUGUCGACGAAGCACAACGAAAUAGCAAGAAAAAUGGAAGAAAAUUAGACGAGUAA